AUGUCUCUACGUUGUGAGCUUGGACUCGCAACGCGCGCAGUCAAUGCUCUGAAGCUAAAUACGGCGAAGAUGCAGGCGGAUUGCGCGAGAAUCGACAAGGAAUCCAACGCGAAUCUCUCCAAGCUGAAAGAUUGGAUGACGGAAGAAUUGGGGAAGAUGGAGUCGAAGUUGAAAAGAGCGGAAGAAUCUCUAGCGAAACUCAGCAAAGCUGCCGAGAAACCCGAGAUUGUAAGCAAUGCAGUCGAAAUCGGAAAGUACGAGGAGAAAAGUGAAGAGAUACUCGACGCGAUCGACGAAGCCGCAGCCAUGCAGGACAAGCUAUUGGGAAAGCUACAACGCACCCAGACGCCGGAUCCCGCGCAAGGACAACAGCGAACGGACGCGCAACAAGUGGCCCCCAGAACGGACAGGCAUCAGCACCGCAACGUCAAAAUCCCAAUCUUCGCCGGUAAUAAAUGGGAGUUCCAGAGAUUCUGGGUAAUAUUCGAGGAGCUAGUCCACGGAACGGAUGAAAAGAAGAUCAUAAAAUUCACGCUCCUCCUAAAUUCACUCAAAGGAGAACCUUUGGAGCUGAUGGAUCGGUUCGAGGUAGCGGACGACAACUACGACGACGCAAUUGAACUCUUGAGAGCGAAAUACGGAGACAAAGAGUCGAUCAUUCGUGAGCUCAACGCGAGACUCAAGAAUGAAACGGCAAAAGACUCGUCCAUCAGGGAACAGAGGAAACUGAUGGAGCGGCUCCUCGUCAUCGUCAAGCAAUUAGAGAAAAACGAGGAGAUCAUGAGUACUCGAUACAUGAUCACGUUUCUCAUCGACAAAUUCACAACGAGUGUCAGAAGAGAAGUCUACAAACGGAAGAUAUCGGGCAAAGGAGAAUGGUCGACGGCGAGGAUGUUCGAAGAUUUGGAAAGCGUCAUCACGAUCGAAGAAGAACUUCAAUCAUGCAUGGGAACCAAGGACGAACAGAAGAAGGCCGGCAAACAAGAGAAGCAGACGACCGCGAGGCUCAACCCGAACAACGAAUCCGGAGAGCCAAAGAUGGCAAAAGCGGCGCCAGUGUGCAUAUUCUGCAGAUCGACAGAUCAUCAUACGAACGAGUGUGAUAAGAUAGUGUCCAACGCGGAUAAAAGAGUUAUCCUGCAAAGAGAAGAGCGGUGCCUGAACUGUCGAGGUACUGGUCACAUUCUCAAAGAAUGCAAGAGCAAAAGGAACUGCAACUUGUGUCAAGGUCGUCACAGUUCGUCAAUCUGCCCGUCAAGAGAACGAGUUGGCGGGAGCGGCUCGAGCGGAAGGCAAGGAAACAAACAGCAAUCCAGGAUGCCGCAGUCGAACCAAGCUGUCGCCACUCAUAUAGCAAGGACCGAGGACCAGGAAGAAGUUACCGAAAACGCUUCGGUAAACUUCUCAGCAGCCGAAAUGCCGGAAGAAAGAAACACGGGCUUCAUACCCGUAAUUCAAACCAAAGUUCGAAAUCCGGAGACGAAGCAAUGGUUCCCGAUAACGGUCAUGAUCGAUUCGGGAUCAACCAACACCUUCAUCAAGGAAUCAGCCGUGAAGAAAUUCAAAUUGAAGCGUCUCAGUCCAGCGUAUUUUCCGUUGCAAGUAUUCGACACUGAGCCGAAGAAGUCAAAGAAGUACGAAAGAUCCGCGGUCGAACUCGGAAGCGACAGGACCAUUCUGAUCGAUACUAUCCACGCUUCCCGCCUAACCGGAAGAAUCCAGACUCCGAGACUAUCAGAAGAAGAUAAGAAUUUCAUGAAGGAGCAGAAAAUCGAAUACAACCCGGACUCGGUGGAUAAGGGCAACGAUCGACAAGUCGGGCCCAAAUACGAUAAUCACUUUCGCCGACGCCAGCAAGGAGGCAACAGCGUAUUGCAUCUACGUGGCAAAUCGAUUCGGGACAAACCUCCUCGUGGGAAAAGCGAAGGUAAAGCCGAUCAACGAGAAAUGGACAAUCCCAAAAAUGGAAAUGCACGCGAUCAAACUAGCCAUGCUCCUCUUCGAGAAGAACAUCUGCAUCCGGUGCCUCGAGAGGACGAGUGGAAACGAGGGGAGCCACGAGUGCGCGCCAUCUACAAAGGCCUGCUAUUACUGCGCCUCGGAAGAGCACCAUUCUGCAUUCUGCGGAGAGCCACUGAACGUUGCGCCACCGGAGAGGCAGUAAGGGGCAGGGGAACGCCCUCUGCCCUGACUCCUCGUCGGCCGGGAAUGUGA